AUGAGCAAAAGAAAGACAGGCAAGGUCCCCAGAGCACAAACAGUAUCCGAAAAUGAUUCAUAUUAUGCUCCUGUAAGCCUUGUCCAAACAGAACAGGGAAAAGUGGCCAAAAUCUGCCCAUUUGAUGCCUCUGCCUUUUUGGGCCUGUUGGACGACGAUGACAGCGACAAAAUCGCUGAUGAUGAGGAGGAUAACGUUGGCGGUAUGCUCGUUAUGUGGUCGUUUGCACCCGGACAAUUGCGUAGAACAAGGAUAGUCCCAUUGAAUGCUCCGUGUGGAGGAGCGACGGUGACGGUAGUGUUGCCACCCGUGACCCUGGCGGUGGAACAAUCCGUGGGAAGAAGACCAUAA